AUGUCAAUAUUAGCCGGUUUUGAAACAACUUCAACAGCUCUUUCAUGGUUCAUUUUUUACAUGUCAAAAUAUCCUGAAGUUCAACAAAAAAUCAAAGAUGAACUUAAAGAACAUCAUCUAGAAAAUGAAAAUCCAUUAACACAUGAGAUACUCGAUUCAUUGGUUUAUAUCGAAUGUGUAACAAAAGAAGUUCUCCGAUAUGCACCCAUUGCUGGUGCCAUAUCUCGUGAUGCAACGCGUGAUGAUAUCAUUGAUAAUAUACCGAUUAAAAAGGGAGACACAAUUGUUAUUGCUAUACAAAAUCUUCAUCGAGAUCCACGUUAUUGGAAACUCGAUCCAUCGAAAUUUCUACCUGAACGAUUCUUAGAUGAAGAUAAGAAUCCUCCUCAAUAUGCUUAUAUGCCAUUUGGAGGUGGCCAUCGGGCCUGUGUUGGUCAAGAUUUAGCAUUCUUUGAAUUAAAAAUUGCUAUUACACGUUUGAUGCAACGUGUUACAUUCGAAGAUCCUGGUGAUGAAGCGAAUAAUUCUGGUGGAUGCGUUCAACGUAUCACAUGUUUUCCAAAACAUUUGGCUGUGCGUAUUCGAAUAGAUAACGCCAAAAAAUUGAAUUGA